AUGAAGAAGAGUUUUAGUUUACCUGGGUUGCUCGGCUUGCCCCACUGGCCCAGCCAGAGCCGCCGCCUCCGCUUCCCUCCCUUUCGCUGCCUCUCCACGCGGUGCAGCUCGUCAGGGAGACUUGUGGACUACUCCCUGUACCUCGUGACGGAUGACAAAUUCUUGGCGGAUAAGCAGAACGUGUGCCGCAAGCUGAUUGGGAAGGUGAGGGAAGGAGUUCUUGGAGGAGUUGGGCUGGUGCAGCUGAGGCUGAAGAAGGCAGAUGACAGAUAUUUUUACAACACAGCCGUAAGGAUGAAGAACCUGCUAGGUAAAUACAAAGUCCCAUUAAUAAUAAAUAACAGAAUAGAUAUCUGUUUAGGUGUAGAUGCUGAUGGAGUGCAUGUGGGUAGAACAGACUUGCCCAUCAAAGUCGCGAGGGACAUCCUAGGAGGAGAAAAAAUCAUCGGCGCAACCAUAAAUUUUAGCAAUGACGAGGACAUUCAGAUGGCCCUCAACAAUGACGUGGAUUACAUAGCGCAUGAACACACAUUAUAUGAAUCCACCACGAAGGAAAUUGCAGCUUCUCAUCACGAGGGGAUGAAACAACAAAUACACAUGCUACUGUGUAGGAUAAAGCAUCUGCAAGAAAGAGGAAAAAUUUACAAGCCAAGUUUAGACUCAAAGGCUCCACCUAUUAUACUUAUUGGAGGCAUUAACAACAUGAACAUUGAGGAAACUAUGACCCAUUUUUGUCACUCCUGUGCAGGGGUUGCAGUUGUGUUAAGGUUUGUAAUAGAUAAACAUAAAAAAGGUUACAACGACGCGUUUGUGAAUCUGUGCGUGAGCUGUUUGCGUCACGUUUUUUGGACCAACUUAGAGAGCGACAUGAAAGGGGCGCACACCAGUUGGGUGGGGGGACCACCCAUGGAGACAUCACAGAGUGAGGCAAAAGGCGGUAACUUUCGAUUAGUUACAAAUAUGGACGUUAAAAAAAACGUUCACCACUUUUUUGAAAAUAAUCUUGAUUUGAAAAUUGUGCAAUUAAAUCAGCCCGUUGUGUGCAGUUCCGCUGGGGGGAGCAAAAUUUUCCUGUUCUGUUCGAGGCGCACGGGUGUAGCGGGGGAAGCAAGAGCCAGAGAAGCAACCGACACAACUGACGCAACUGACGCAACUGACACAGCUGACGCAACUGGCGCAACUGACGCGGCUGACGCGGGAGAGGGUCGUUACCUCCACGGUGAAGGCAAAAGAACGCCCAUUUCGCACGACCCGUGUGUAAGCAAGUGGAUUCAGCAAAAUAAAAAAAUUGCAAACGGGGUCUUCAUUCUUAUAGGCGAGGAUUUCUUAGCCCUAUUCCGAAAAUUUUUGGCGCCCGAAUUUUUCCGCAUGAACAAUUUUGUUGUUAUCACGAUGCGGGAACAAAGCGGCUGGGAGACGGUGCGGUGUGACGUGCGUGGCGCUUCCAUACAGUUCAGUAACAAUUUAAUCAAUGUCGCGUUGAAGAAUAUCCACGUGAACAGUGAGGCAGUGAACCGCUUUGCCAUUUUGCUCGCAUAUUUUUUAAUGGUGCAGGAAAAGAUGAAGCAGGGAUGGCCCCAGUUUUUAACCCAAAUUGUGGGGGAGGGAGAAGCAACGGCGGACGCAGGGGAAGAAGGAAAGCUUCUCAAAUUAGCCGCUGCGGUGAACAUGUCGUUCGAGGUGCUUUCAAAUGAGCACACGGAGUUGGGGUUGGCGGCCUUCUCCUCGUAG